GCUACUUAAAUUUAAGCCCCUCCUAUUUUAAAAAUGGCGUCUAGAGAGAGUUCUGUUACUAAUGGUGAUUCUUCAGCUUCUAUCUCUCCAUAUGAUUGUAUAUUUGAAGGAUGUCAACUGCCGGUGUGCUUGAGAUCAGAAACAAUGGACGAAGAGGAAUGGCCAAUGGCCGAGAUAAUUAGUAAGAAAUGUGACUCUAACGGUCAGUGGAGGUUCUAUGUCCAUUACAAUAGCUACAAUAAGAGGCUGGACGAAUGGGUUACUGCAGAUAAACUUGACAUCGAUCACAUACAAUUACCUCGUAAAGAGUCAAAGUCCCAGACCUCCACUGCAGCAGCUGCUCUCAUUAAGAACACAUCACGGGCAGUGUCGCCUGAUGUAACUAUAUCUGGAGCAAGCUCUCCACUUCCGUCCUCCGGAGAGACUGUCAUUAGUAGCAGUAGAAGGUCCUCGGUAGCUUUGGGAAGGAAGAGGAAGAAUGAGAAUGAUAAUUCCUCUGAGCCAGUUGGAGGUGAAUCCAGUCCAGCUCAGCUCCCUCCUCAAACUGGUAGCAUGCAUCGACCAAUAGGAACUCACGCGAGUGACGACGUUGUCACGAGAAUGAAGAAUAUUGAGAUGCUCGAGUUGGGAAGGCACAGGAUAAAGCCGUGGUACUUCUCUCCCUAUCCUCAAGAGCUCACUACAGAGCCGGUUAUUUAUUUGUGUGAGUUUUGUCUUAAAUACAUGAAGAGCUUGACAUGUCUUGCAAGACACAGAACAAAGUGUAAUAUCUUCCAUCCUCCUGGAAAUGAAAUAUACAGAAAAGACACAAUCUCUUUUUUUGAGAUUGAUGGUCGGAAAAACAAAGCUUACUCUCAAAAUUUGUGUCUGCUUGCGAAGUUAUUUUUGGACCACAAGACACUGUACUAUGACACAGACCCGUUCCUGUUCUAUAUAAUGACAGAGUAUGAUGAGCAUGGGUUUCAUAUAGUGGGCUACUUUUCUAAAGAGAAAGAGAGUUCAGAAGAUUACAAUGUUGCUUGUAUUCUUACAUUGCCUUGCUACCAGAGAAAAGGCUACGGGAAAUUACUGAUAGAAUUUAGUUAUGAGCUCUCAAAGAUUGAGGGUAAAACUGGUUCACCCGAGAAGCCGCUCUCAGAUCUUGGUCUCUUGUCAUAUCGGAGCUACUGGACUCAGACACUACUUGAAGUCUUGAUCAACAUGAAGAACCAAGAAGACGAGACGAUACCUUUUGUGACAAUCAAUGAGCUCUGUGAACAGACAAGUAUACGUAAAGAUGACGUCACGUCUACUCUUCAGUAUCACAACCUCAUCCAUUACUACAAGGGACAGUACGUCAUCAGUCUCUCUAAUGAAAUACUGGAGCAUCACGAGCGCUCGAUGGCAAAGAGGAAAAUACGCAUUGAUCCAAAGUGCAUACAAUGGACACCAAAGGAUUGGAGUAGGAGGGGGAAGUGGUGACUGAAAGAGAGUCAUAACUCCCAGUAGCCAUUUGCUUUUAACUUAUAUAGCUAAAAGUGGCUUUUUACUUUCAUAUACCAAAUUGUUAUUUAACAAUAAUAAUAAUAAUAAUGAUUUUAUUGACAAUAA